CAAAUAGAACACAUUUUAUCCUAUGAGAAAAACCUUCAAUUUCCAACACUAGCAACAACAUCUAACGAUAAAAUUCGUGACAUCUACGAUGGCUAUAUUUAUCAAGAAAUAUUGAAAUGCCAGAACGGCAACCGUUGCAUAACUCUUCUGUUAAGUAUUGACGGCGUUCAAAUAGACAAUAGUAAGGCGGACAAUUCCAUCUGGGUGAUCUCAUUGGUGAUCAAUGAAAUAAAACGUUCCGAACGAUUUAAAUUAAAAAACGUUGUACUGUCGGAUAUCUGGCCAGGUGUGGGGAAACCCGAUAAUGAACAGGUGGGUUUAAUUGUAAAAAAAUUAGUUCAGGAAUUACAGGAUCUUGAACAGCCACACUUUUAUAAAAUGAAAAAUUUGAAUGGUCAAGUCGAACAAUUGAACAUUUUUUUAAUCGGAUGCUGUGCAGACAAACCAGCAACAGCAAUAAUACAAAAUGUAUCGGAUCCAAAAGGAAAAUACGGUUGCUUUAAAUGUAUACUAAAAGGUAAAACGGAACUCACGGGGGCCAAUGAAACUCAUAGAAUAAGAACGUUUGCUAUUAUGAAAGAUGAUGUACGUCCAAUGCCGAGAAAUAAUCAACUGUAUGAUGAUAUCAUGGCUAUUUAUGCUGAACGACUUCGAGAAAAAGUGGAAAAAAGCAAUAAAAAUUCGAAGCCACCAUCACUAUCAAACAUAAGAAAGCCUCAAAAACGAUUGACCAAAGAAGAAAAGAUCGAUCAGACGAAAGGCUUUCUUGGUACGUGCCAUCUUCGACAGUUAACCUAUUUUGAUAUGGGUAGUUCAUUUUUAUAUGACACUUUACACAACGCUUAUCAUGGCUUGAUGGUAAGAAAAUCCAUCACUCUAAGUGUGCCUGCAUGUCAUCAAUUUUCUUUUCAUUUGAAGAAACGUUUGUUGAAUUUGUGGCUAAGUUCAACGUAUAAUAGUGAACCGUGGUCAUGUUAUCAUGAAUUGAACAAUAUUAAACAACGUUUACAAAGUUUUCGUUAUCCAUCAUCAACAGCACGAACUCCACGAUCGAUCGACCAAUAUUCAAAGUUCAAAGGCAAUGAAUCACGUCUUAUUCUCUUAUUUGGUUUUGUUGGGUUCAACGGAUAUUUAUCGGAUGCACAUUAUAAGCAUCAUCUCUUACUUGUGUUAGCGUUACACAAAGCAGAGAACCGGCUUGUCACACAAUCAGAUAUUUCACAAAUUUGUACAUUAAUGGAACACUACCAUCGAUUAUUCCCUGAAUUGUACAAUGUGAGACAAAAUGUACAAACUGUACACUCAAAUUACCAUAUAGACGAAUCAGUCAAAUGGGCUGGACAGGUAUCAAAUUAUAGUACAUUCAAUUUUGAAUCAUAUCUGGGCAAGUAUACAAGUGUCAUAUUUUCAUAUAAUGGAGUACGAUUACCUGAUUUAGG